AUGGGUGGUGUUCGUACCAAGACCGUGAAGAAAGCGUCUAGAGUCAUUAUUGAGAAGUAUUAUACUUACCUCACUCAUGACUUCCAUACCAACAAGCGUCUUUGCGAAGAGGUUGCCGUUAUUCCGUCCAAGCGAAUGCGCAAUCAAAUUGCUGGGUAUGUAUUGUUGUCUAUGACACGUAUUUAUUUUUUAGAUUUGUUACUCACUUGAUGAAACGUAUUGAGAAGGGUCCCGUUCGUGGCAUCUCCAUCAAGCUCCAGGAAGAGGAGAGAGAACGUCGUGACAACUACAUGCCCGAAGUUUCUGCGGUCGACCCAGAAAGCGUCGGAACUUUGCUGAUCGACCAAGAUACCAAGAACAUGUUGGACCGUUUGGUAAUUUUUUUAAUAACAGUUUAUAUUUCGAGACAGCGUCGUUAAAACUUCGGGGUUCUGGCCACUCUUGCUUGCCUGACAUUGAUUUUUUUCUUACAAGUGAAGUCACUUAAAUCACGGAUCGAUUUUUCAAAACGGCUGGUACAGCCAUUGGGAUAUCGAAUCUGAAUACCGCUCCCCCCACCGGCCUUUGUGGGGCAAGAUAAUCGGCCAACAUGCUUGACCAAAUUCUCCCGAAUAGUCAUCCCUUCCGAAAGCAGAGAGAGCGAACCGAAUGGUCCAGUGGUCUGAAAACGCGCUUCCAGGCCUUUACCUUUUCAUGUUCGAGUCUGCAUGGGUCCAAACUUGUAAAAAAAAUUAUGAAACUGAUGCUGUAAUUCAAUUUACAAGUAAGAUUUUUUUAGAUUUUAUGCCUAUUUUACUUUAAUUUUAACAUGGUUAUUCAAACAUCGCCCAUCAAAGUUUCAUCGUAAAACCAUUCGGUUCGUUUCCCUCGUUCUUUCCAAAAAACUCCGGGGCAACUCUUUUUGGUCAAUUCUGUUGGUCGGUUAUCUCGACUAACAGAGGCCGGUGAAUGUAGCGGUUUCCAGAUUCGAAAUCGCCAUUCUACCCUCUCCAUCGCCAUAACUUUCCUUGUUAGUGAAAACAUGGUUUCAUCACUUGCACUUUUUCUUUAGUAAUAUUUCUAGGUGGCUUAAAGAAGAAAUUCUAGUCUUAAAAUCUUAUUUUUAUGUUUGGAGCACUAAAAUAUUUAAUCUCCAAUUGGUGGUCUGGGACAAAGGCCGCCUCUAUCGUUACGGUUGCCCUAUUUAUGCUAUGCGUAGUAGUAUUUUUCUGGUCGGGGGGUUUACUAAGCCAAUUCUAAUUUUAUUUGGGAUUUCUUGUUUAUGUCGAUACAAAACUUCUUUCUUUCAGCACUUGACCGUCGCCAACGUUGACGUCAAACAAUCCAACCGCCGAGUUUAA